AUGGCCUCAACUACGCUAGAAUCGAGCGGAGUGCGGGUGGCCGUAGAGGGAUGCGGCCACGGCACGCUCAACGCCAUCUACGCCGCCGUUGAGCGGUCUUGCAAGGAGCGAAAGUGGGAUACUGUCGAUCUCCUCAUCAUUGGCGGAGAUUUUCAGUCUGUCCGCCACGCGCAAGAUCUUGCGGUCAUGGCUUGCCCCGUCAAGUACCGAGAGCUUGGUGACUUUCCCGACUACUAUUCUGGCGUGCGCAAGGCGCCCUAUGUCACCAUCUUCAUCGGCGGAAACCACGAAGCCAGCUCUCAUCUCUGGGAGCUCUUCUACGGCGGCUGGGUCGCGCCCAACAUUUACUACAUGGGCGCGGCCAACGUCUUGCGGUUCGGCCCCCUGCGCAUCGCUGGCAUGUCUGGUAUCUGGAAGGGCUUUGACUAUAGGAAAUCUCAUUUUGAACGCCUUCCGUUCAGUGACAGUGACGUGCGGUCAUUCUACCACGUGCGAGAAAUCGAUAUCCGCAAAUUGCUGUUGCUGCGUACGCAGGUCGACAUUGGCCUAAGCCACGACUGGCCCAGAGGUAUUGAGAAACAUGGGGACUCGGAGCGGCUUUUUAAACAGAAAAGAGACUUUCGACAAGAGUCAAUUGAUGGCACACUGGGCAACGUGGCUGCAGAAUAUGUUCUCGAUCGUCUUCGUCCACCGUAUUGGUUCUCUGCCCAUCUGCACGUCAAGUUUGCUGCCUUGAAACGCUUCACCGCGCAACCGGAAUCCGACUCAAAACACACAGAGCGACCAGAUACCGAGGAGCCGGCCUCAGAAGUUCCUCAAGAGGCCAAUCCAGAUGAAAUCGACUUGGAUCUUGACGAUGGCGAUGAUGAUGCGCAUGAUGUACCCCCGCAGGCCAAACAAUCGGUGGGAAACAACCCAAAAGAGGCUAAUCCAGACGAGAUCGACCUGGAUCUCGAUGACGACAACGAUGCUGGCAAUGGCGGGCCCUCUCAGCCUAAAAAUGGCACGGAGGCGGCUCCUGAAGUGCGGGAAGUCGCCAAGGACGAGCCAAUAGAAACAAACAAAGUCUCUGAGGAGUUGUUAGCCCAGUUGCCAGCCUCUUUCGCAAAACCACCACCACGACCCAAGGGAACCCCUGGUCAACCUGUCCCGCCGGGCAUCACGAAUACAGAGCUGUGCGAAGUACAUCCAUUUGACAACAAUGAGUCUACCCGCUAUCCGGCAAGUGAAUUGCCAUCUCGCUACAGACUAGGAUAUGACCCAGAAUGGCUCGCCAUCACUCGAGUGUUCCACCGCGAACUUGUCAUUGGCGACCCAGCCUCCCGAGUGUCAGCUGAUCUGGGUGAGGCGGAAUAUAUCCCUCUCAUCGACCGUGAGAGAGAGUGGGUAGAGGAAAACAUUGUCAAGACCGGCAAGCUCGCGAUUCCCGAGAACUUUUCUCAAACGGCGCCGCCAUAUGAGCAGGGCACACCCGAAAUCGUCCACGAUCAGCCAAACGAAUAUACCAACCCGCAGACGGCAGAAUUCUGUCAGCUUCUUGCUCUGGAUAAUCUGUGGGAUUUUAGUGAGGAGGAUAGACAAGAGCGAAAGAGUCGUGGCCCUCCACCUCCUGUCGAGAGGUUCGGCGGAGGGUUCCAUGGCGGCGGUCGAGGACGUGGUGGUGGACGUGGCAGGGGCGGACGAGGUGGACGAGGAGGCGGACGCGGCGGGGGAAGAGGGCGUGGAUCCCGUGGAAGAUGGUGA